CUUCCGGUGUGAGCGCCCGGGCUGGGGGGGGCAAGAUGGCGGCGGCAGUAGGGGUCCGCGGCCGGUGCGAGCUGCCGCCGUGCUCCAGUCCAGGCUGGUUCCUCAGCCUUUCCGCCUUGCUAAGUGUGGCAGCUCGAGGGGCCUUCGCCACCACGCACUGGGUCGUCACGGAGGAUGGGAAGAUCCAGCAGCAGGUGGAUUCACCUAUGAACUUGAAACAUCCCCAUGACUUAGUCAUAUUAAUGAGACAAGAAACAACAGUUAACUACCUCAAAGAAUUGGAGAAGCAAUUAGUUGCUCAAAAAAUUCAUAUAGAAGAGAAUGAGGACAGAGAUACAGGACUGGAACAGAGACAUAAUAAAGAGGAUCCAGACUGCAUCAAAGCCAAGGUACCCUUAGGGGACCUAGAUCUGUAUGAUGGCACAUACAUAACUUUGGAGAGCAAAGAUAUCAGCCCUGAAGAUUAUAUAGACACAGAAUCUCCUGUCCCUCCAGACCCUGAGCAGCCUGAUUGUACUAAAAUUCUAGAACUUCCAUAUAGUAUACAUGCUUUUCAGCACUUGCGAGGUGUACAAGAGAGAGUUAAUCUUUCUGCACCUCUACUACCUAAAGAAGAUCCAAUCUUCACAUAUCUAUCUAAACGGUUAGGAAGGAGUAUAGAUGACAUAGGUCACCUCAUUCAUGAAGGCCUACAGAAGAACUCUUCCUCGUGGGUACUAUAUAACAUGGCUUCAUUUUACUGGAGAAUAAAGAAUGAGCCGUAUCAAGUAGUGGAAUGUGCCAUGCGAGCACUUCACUUCUCAUCCAGGCACAAUAAAGACAUUGCCCUGGUCAACUUGGCGAAUGUUCUGCACAGAGCACACUUCUCUGCUGAUGCUGCUGUCGUGGUCCACGCAGCUCUGGACGACAGUGACUUCUUCACUAGCUAUUACACUUUAGGAAAUAUAUAUGCAAUGCUUGGGGAGUAUAACCACUCAGUGCUCUGUUAUGACCAUGCUUUGCAGGCUAAACCUGGGUUCGAGCAAGCUAUAAAGAGGAAGCAUGCUGUCCUGUGUCAGCAAAAACUCGAGCAGAAAUUGGAAGCUCAACAUAGAUCCCUCCAGCGAACACUGAAUGAGUUGAAAGAAUAUCAAAAGCAACAUGACCACUACCUGAGACAGCAGGAGAUCCUAGAAAAACAUAAGCUGAUUCAGGAAGAGCAAAUCUUAAGAAAUAUCAUCCAUGAGACACAGAUGGCAAAAGAGGCACAAUUAGGAAAUCAUCAGAUAUGCCGUCUGGUCAACCAGCAGCAUAGUUUACAUUGCCAGUGGGACCAACCUGUGCGCUACCAUCGUGGUGAUAUCUUUGAAAAUGUGGACUAUGUUCAGUUUGGUGAGGAUUCAUCAACCUCCAGUAUGAUGUCUGUGAACUUUGAUGUUCAAGCAAAUCAGAGUGAUAUCAGUGAUUUGGUCAAGUCUUCUCCCGUAGCCCAUUCUGUUCUCUGGAUCUGGGGCAGGGACUCCGAUGCAUAUAGGGACAAACAGCAUAUUCUGUGGCCUAAAAGAGCAGAUUGUGCAGAAAGCUAUCCUAGAGUCCCUGUUGGCGGGGAAUUGCCAACGUAUUUUCUGCCUCCGGAAAACAAAGGACUCAGGAUCCACGAACUCAACAGUGAUGAUUAUUCUUCAGAAGAAGAGGCCCAAACCCCUGACUGUUCCAUAACUGACAUCAGAAAAAGCCAGACUCUGUCCUACUUAGUCAAAGAAUUAGAGGUCCGCAUGGAUCUGAAAGCCAAAAUGCCAGAUGACCAUGCACGAAAAAUUUUACUUUCCCGUAUUAAUAACUAUACUAUCCCAGAAGAAGAAAUUGGGUCUUUCUUAUUUCAUGCUAUUAACAAGCCAAAUGCUCCUGUCUGGCUGAUACUCAAUGAAGCUGGACUCUACUGGAGAGCAGUAGGAAAUAGCACCUUUGCUAUUGCUUGUCUUCAGAGGGCUUUGAAUUUGGCUCCCCUUCAAUACCAGGAUGUUCCUCUUGUGAACUUGGCCAACCUUUUGAUUCACUAUGGCCUUCAUCUUGAUGCCACUAAACUGCUGCUUCAAGCUUUGGCCAUCAAUAGCUCUGAGCCCCUGACCUUUUUGAGCCUGGGAAAUGCUUACCUUGCUCUGAAGAAUAUCAGUGGGGCACUUGAGGCCUUUAGACAGGCUUUGAAAUUAACUACCAAAUGCCCAGAGUGUGAAAACAGCCUGAAGUUGAUUCGCUGUAUGCAGUUUUAUCCUUUUCUGUACAACAUCACCUCUUCUGUUUGCAGUGGUAAUUGUCAUGCGAAAACCCUGGACAACAGCCAUGACAAACAGAAAUAUUUUGACAACUCACAGUCACUGGAUGCCGCUGAAGAAGAGCCCUCUGAGACAGGAACAGAGGAAGACCCUGUGCUCUCUGUUGAGAAUUCAGGGAGGGACUCAGAUGUCCUUAGACUUGAAAGUACAGUGGUUGAGGAAAGCAAUGGUUCUGAUGAGAUGGAGAAUUCAGAUGAAACAAAAAUGUCAGAAGAGAUAUUAGCUUUGGUGGAUGAAUUUCAACAGGCAUGGCCUCUGGAAGGCUUUGGGGGAGCACUAGAGAUGAAAGGACGGCGUCUGGACUUACAGGGGAUACGAGUACUGAAGAAAGGUCCCCAGGAUGGAGUGGCCAGAAGCUCUUGCUAUGGAGACUGCAGAAGUGAAGAUGAUGAAGCAACAGAGUGGAUCACAUUCCAAGUCAAACGUGUAAAGAAACCCAAAGGAGAUCAUAAGAAAACUCCUGGGAAAAAGGUAGAAUCGAAUCAGGCAGAAAAUGUACAUCGUAACCAAGCAAACCUGGAGAUCACUGGCCCAAAGGUGGCAUCUCCUGGGCCACAAGGAAAAAAGCGUGACUACCAGAGUCUGGGAUGGCCCAGCCCGGACGAGUGCCUCAAACUCCGCUGGGUAGAGCUGACGGCCAUCGUGAGUACCUGGCUUGCAGUUUCUUCAAAAAACAUUGACUACUAGAAGAGUCGUCCUCUCUAGGGUUGGUGGUUCAGAGGAUACCACAGUUGGACUCAGCCCACUGUACUGAAACCGUCGAUGUGCCCCCUUCUCAGUGCCUUCACCCAUACUUUCUAAGCUAUCUAGAAGUCACAGCUAGCUUACUUAGUUUGAAUUAAAGACUGGAUCUCUCUCAAUCAAAGCACAAAAUCUCCCUGACAUCGUGUGCUUACAAAGGGAGCCAGAGCAAAUCCAGAUUUACAAGCACCUACCGGGACACAAGCGAGCAAGGUUGCCUCUCUUAUAGCUGCUUUUUCCUCCCUGGAUGCUCAGUCUCUUUUCUUGGCCCCUUGUCUACCUUUUAAGCAUUGGAGUUCCCCAAGAUUUACCACUAAGCCUUCUUAUUUUACAAUCACUCCUAGUCAGACUGCUCUACUCCCACAACUUUUGAGUAUUUUUCAAAACCACCUGCUUUUCUUCAUCCCCGUUGAGGCCUCCUUAAACCAGAGCACCGUCAUCUCCACUUAGAUUCACUCAGUAGCCUCCUAGCUGGUCCUCUUGGUUUAUUCAUUCUUGCAUCUCUUCAGUCCAUUCUGUCCAUAGUACUCAGCAUUAUUCCUCAAAUAUAAGUCAAAUAAUUCUUAAAAUACUCUAAUAACUUACAAAUAUCGCUAUUUACAGUGGCCCACAGAGCCCUUCAUGAUUUGCUCCCUGCGUGUCUUUCCAUCUUCAGCUCUGCCCUCCCCCCUCCCUCCCUCCCUUCACAUGUGGUAUCUCCUUUGCCUGUGCUGGUGUUCUCAGCACCUUCUCCCUUCCUGGUUAAUUCAUACUCCUCCUUCUGGUCUCCACUUAAAUCUCUCUUCCGCAGGAAGUCCUUCAUUACCACCUCCUUCCUCCAUCAGCAUGGAGGAAAUAUAUACCCUCCUGUAGUAAACUGACAUUGCACUGUGUUUUCAUCUUUUACAAUUUAUCACAUCUGUAAUAACUGACUAUCACAAGACUCUGAGCAUCAUAACUGUGGGAACUGGGUAUGUUUUGUUAAUUAUUAUAACCCUGAUAUCUGACAUGUAAUAGGCUCUGAAUAAAUAAUGAAUGUUUGCAUAAUAUGUGUUAAACUUUUUAAGUAGCUAUAACAAAAUUUGGCAGUGCCAAUUUGCCACAUCAGUAUAUAUGAUAGGGUAUAACAUUUAGCCUGUCUAUAGCAGGAAAAUGACCCCUUUGGAACCAUGAAGGGGAGUACUUACAUCUUAUACAUAGAUACAGUGAAUAGCUGGAUCUGUAUAAGAUUUACUGUCUAAACUUUAGGUAACUUUUUCUGUGGGGACAAGUGUGCUUCUGUGCAUAGAGGGAAAGUAAAAGAUAGGAACCAGCUGAGGGUAUUUAUCACUAUCUGUACCCUGGAAAAAGAAAUCCUAGAAGAAAACCCACCUGGUUUAAAACCUCCCCAGUGAGAAAAAGUGGCCAAGCAGCAGUAAGGAAAUCAGACAUCACGGUGCAUAGAAAGGAGGCAGCUUGAGGAGACCGAGAAAAUACUGAGUUCAAGACUCAGAUCCCAACACUGCUGCUUUGACCCGGGGUACGAUCUCUAUUCAUACAUUCAGCAGAUGGUCAUUACCAGGCACUGGAGUCCUUGUACCUGUAAAAUGAGAGAUCAGACUAAAUAACUUCUGAAGUCUCUUCCAUUGUGAGAUUCUGUGGUUCCAGACAAUUCUAAUAAUAUGUUGAAGUUAUGGUCAGCUGAUUAUUAAUACUCUUUCUCCCCACCCACUCAAUUUUUGCAUGGCUAAGGUGGUCCUCUCCAUU